AUGGCGCGGGCGAGCGGGCGCGGGCGCGGGCCCGGCCGGCCGGCCUCGCCGCUGCUGCUGCUGCUCCUCCUCCCGCCGCCGCUGCUGCUGCUGCUGCUGCUGCCCGGCCCCGAGCUGGGCCUGGGCCUGGGCCUGGGCCUGGGCCCGCGCCCGGCCCGCGCCGAGGAGACCGACUGGGUCCGGCUGCCCAGCAAGUGCGAGGUUUGUAAGUACGUGGCAGUGGAGCUCAAGUCCGCCUUUGAGGAGACCGGCAAGACCAAGGAGGUGAUCGAUACGGGCUACGGCAUUCUGGACCGGAAGGCAUCUGGAGUCAAGUACACUAAAUCGGACUUACGCUUAAUCGAAGUCACAGAGACCAUUUGCAAGAGGCUCCUGGACUACAGCCUGCACAAGGAGAGGACGGGCAGCAACCGCUUUGCCAAGGGCAUGUCAGAGACCUUUGAGACGCUGCACAAUCUGGUCCACAAAGGGGUCAAGGUGGUGAUGGACAUCCCCUAUGAGCUGUGGAACGAGACCUCGGCAGAGGUGGCCGACCUCAAGAAGCAGUGUGACGUACUGGUGGAGGAGUUCGAGGAGGUGAUCGAGGACUGGUACCGGAACCACCAGGAGGAGGACCUGACACACUUCCUCUGCGCCAACCAUGUGUUGAAGGGGAAGGACACCAGUUGCCUGGCUGAGCAGUGGUCGGGCAAGAAGGGGGACACCGCGGCGCUGGGUGGGAAGAAACCCAGGAAGAAGAGCAGCAAGGCUAAGGCAUCGGGCAGUGGCGGCAGCCAGCAGAGGAAGGAGCUGGGGGACCCGAACCCCGAGGAGGAGGAGGGCAUCCAGAAGGCAUCCCCCCUCACACACAGUCCCCUGGAUGAGCUUUGAGCUGGACCCAGCCUUCCCGGAACGAGACCCUGACCUGGAGCCAGGCUGCUUCAGCCGGGCCUGGCAGGCACCACAGACCUCUGGCAAAGGGCGCCCGAAGAGCAGGGCCCAGGUCGGCCUCCCGCCCAGAUUGUGACUUGAGGGGCAAGUGUUGGAGCUGGGCCCUGGGGCUGGAGCCCUCAGGAACUCGAGGGGAGCCCUCCUGACCUUGGUCUCCCCUGAUUCCCCCACAGUGAAGUGAGACUGCAGCCCACCCCCAACCCCAUUUCUGUCCCUGCUUUGGACACCUGUGCUCUGCCCAGCCAUGUUCAGGCUCAGAGUAAACAUUUUGGCCUUUUUUGUUCCGA